GGGACCACGUAUUUCUGAGGGAUUGCUGGGAAGAAGAAGGAGGGUGUUUAGGUUGGGACUUUGGAAAGGCAGAGUUUGACAGAGUCAGUCUGAAAAGAUCAUUGCCACCAUGACAGAUGAGGAGAUCCAGGAGGACCACACCAAGCUGAAGCAGGGCCUAGUCAAAGUCCUCCACUGUGUAGCCAGCAUCUCCUCGGCGGCGGCCGUGGUUAACCCCAUUUUCGGCGUGGCCGGCUCCCUGAUCCGGGUGGUGCUGCACCACAUCGACGACGAGGACAUCCGCACCCUGAAGCGCGAGUUUGGGUCGGUCAACCAAAAGCUGAACGAGAUCUCCCAGCAGAACCGCCGGACGCUGGUUCAGAUCGAGAAGGAGACGCUGGACGGCCAGUACUGCCGCGUGGAGGAGAACCUGAAGAACCAGUUCAGGAAGUUCAUGGCGAUGGUGGAGGCGAGGCCGGAGCACCGCGAGGGCAAGAAGGAGGACUUCGAGGAGAGCUACGCCAACGACCUGGGCGACCAGAACCUGCACACCCUGUACGACGGCGUGGUGGGAAAACCCAAGCUCUUCAGCAGACCCAUCCUGGAGGUCUACCUGAAGCACUCCCAGGGCGACCGCCGCAUCAUGGAGCGCCUCUGCACGCGCCUCACCUACCUGUUCUGCAUCGGCCUCAUCGCCCUCAUGGGCUACGCCGCCGUCAUCGGCGACGACGAGGAGGGCCUGAGCGAGGAGUGGGCCGAGAAGAUGGAGCACGUCCAGCAGAAGAUGCAGGAGGCUUUGCUCAAGUGCAAAUAAAGACCAGAAGGUUCUGUUCUGGACUCACGGGUCCACGUUCCCGCUUCAAGUCUCCUUUUACCACGUCAACCUGAAGGCAACACGCCCUCAGACCCUGCUGCAUGGAAACUGGCUUUAGGGCGAUGGAGACAUCAGCUCACAUAGUGAUCAAGUCAAAGCACUAAUUUAGAUUUAAGUUAUGAAAAAUAAACACUAAUUAUUUGGGGGGAGUAAAAUUAUAAAAUUCCUAUAAAAGGCCAAAUUAAAAAAUCCACUUAUAGCAUCGGAUUUAAUAUCAGCGAAACAUUUAGCCUUUUUAUCAUUAAACUUCUGCAUUAAAAUAAAAAUAUCCGCCAGUUUUACAUUUAUUAAAAUCCAAAUAUUUAAUCAGAUUAUAAUCAAUAAAAAUGGUCAUAACCUGCAUGUAUUCCAGCUUCAUGCUAUCAGAUCAUAUUAAUGCACUUUGUGAAAUAUUAGCCUGGUGUUUGGAGGCUUUCAGGGACGGUCGGAGAGAAGAGGUGUGAAAACUUUCUGUCUGCCAAAGGAACGAUGAAUGUAAAGGACCCUAAAACGACCCCAUUUGGUUUUUCUCCGUUUUAACGAACACAUAAGAGGCACCCAGAGUUCAGCUUCUAGUAACAAAUAAUUUAAAGCAUUUUUUGAACCUUAAACAUUCAUUUCAUAGAUUUCCACCUCCAAUCAUCUUUCUGCCGUUUGUUUUUAUCUGAAUGUUUCAGCACCUGUUUGAAUUUUAUAUUUUUUAUACGGUUUUGGGGGGGGGGGGGGGGUUCUGUUUAUGGUUGCCGGGACACUACAGCUCAGAUUAACCGUAAACCAGUGGUAUCAAAUAUCCCAGGUUUGCUUUGCUGUUAGGAAAAUAAAAUAAAUAUAAAAUAUGUUCUUUUUCCAUACCUCCAGUUUAUUUUUAAUUUUGUACGUUUGUGGGUCUAACCCGUCCUGCUUGAACUAAUCGGGUUGAUGGUUCUGUAUCCUGACGAUUAUUGUUACACUAAUAAAGUCCAAGUGCUCUUUAUAGGGAGGAACAACGGACCCUGAAGGCGUCCUGAAAUGUCCCACAUGUGACCUUUUCAUAGUUUUUUUUUGUUUUGGAUGUUUUCCUUCAGGGUUUGUAAAUAAGCAUCGUUAUAAAUAAAGAAGUAAGAAGAAAA